ACUAAAUCUAGUAGGUUCUUGACAGAAGUUCUUGACUUCUCUGUGAGAAAAAAAUAAAAUUUAUUUAUUCAUUCUGUUAAUUUUAACUUGAUUGUUUAAAAAAGACGCAACUAGUUCUUUCAAUAAAGAAUUUAUUUAACUUAACAUACACUAUGUCCUUCAUUUUAAGACAGUUUACCCGUAAGGUCCUUGCGCCGGCUAUUUCUACAACUAGCAAAUUUAAUUUCUCUACCACCAGUACAGCACUAGCUCCAAGGAUCCAGAAACCAGCACCAGACUUUGCCGCCACAGCCGUUGUAAACGGCGAGUUCAACAAAUUGAAGCUCUCUGACUACAGUGGGAAAUAUGUGGUUCUCUUCUUCUAUCCUUUGGACUUCACAUUUGUCUGCCCGACUGAGCUCAUAGCAUUCAGCGACAAAGCCAGGGAGUUUGAGAACAUUGACUGUCAAGUGAUUGGUGUCUCUACGGACUCUGAGUUCAGCCAUCUUGCUUGGAUCAAUACACCUAGAAAGGAUGGUGGUCUAGGAAAACUGGAUAUUCCAUUGUUGGCUGACUACAAGAAGACCAUAUCACAGGACUAUGAUGUACUGCUUGACGAUGGAUUUGCCCUACGAGGUCUAUUCAUCAUUGACAAGAAGGGAAUCCUGAGGCACAUGUCAGUCAAUGACCUGCCGGUCGGAAGGUCUGUUGACGAGACCUUGAGGCUGGUUAAGGCGUUCCAAUUUGCUGAUAAACACGGUGAAGUAUGCCCAGCAAACUGGAAUCCGGACAAUAAUGCUGACACAAUCAAACCCAACCCGAAGGAAAGCAAGGAAUACUUCAAAAAAGCUAAUUAAGAAAGUAAACAUAGUUUCAAAUUAAGUUUAUAGUUUACAGAGUUCUUUACUGUUGUGCAACUGUUUUUACAAAAUAUUUAGCAUUUAUUGUGCAAUAUUAUUCACUUUCAAAAAGUUCCGUUUAAAGUAAUUGUUUUAUUACAUUAAACGCAUUUACUGUAUCACAAACUUUAUCGUGAAUUGUUUAAUUUAGUUUUACUCUUUCGAUGUCUCUACAAAUAGCUGUUAUUUUUCUUUGUUAUUACAUCCUACUACUAUUAUAAAGGCGAAAGUUUGUAUGGAUGUUUGUUACUCUUUCACGCAAAAACUACUGAACCGAUUACCAUGAAAUUUGGUAUGUAGGUAGCUGAAGACCCAGAAUAACACAUAGGCUACUUUUUAUCCCAGAGUUCCCGCGGGAUUGAUAGGGUUUCCAUGCGGACGAAGUCGCGGGCGGCCUCUAGUUAAAUACAUAUUUGUUUGUUUAGAAGGCUAUGUAGUCAAUCUUCCACAAUACGGGGGGAUAAAAAUAUUUGUAAUUCAUACUAAGUUUAAGAGCUUUCCAGAUAUGUAAUUUUUAGGAAGAAGUAAUAUGUAUGUAUCUAAUUGUGUUUUCGCAAGACCCCUUCGCCAAGUAGUUUUUUACACUGCGAUUAUUUCUAAGAGUGAUAAACAUUAUCUAACUUUAGAUCUUAUAAAGCUAUCCAUGCAUGGUUCAUGGAUAGUCUUAUGAAAUAGAUUCAUCACUUUUUUAUAUAUAACUUACCUAGAAUAACUGAUACAAGCCUUUAAUAUAGAAUGUAUAUUAAAGGCUUGUAUCUGUUGUUUGAGGCAUGUAUAGGUAAUAUUAUUGUGAUAUUUUCAAUAUGUUUGCCAGAAUAAAGUAAAUUCCGUUUA